GGAAGGUGUAGUUGCGCUUCGCUCGUGAGUCCUGACUAACACAUCAGCCGCUGCCUCCUACUGAAGACUUUUUUAUGAUAUACAUAGUUACACUUUAUCAGUGGAGUAUUUUCUCGCUGCCAACGUACUAACAACUACAGUAUUUAUUUUGUAAUAUUAAAAAAUAUAUAUGUUAAGUGAGCUAUCGAUCCUUGAAAGCUUUAGCCCAAAAAUGCUGCAUAUUGGAUUAUGUUAUCGAUCGUAAGAAAUUUCAUAUUUUCAUUCUGUUAAGAUGGAAAUUAAAGGUGUGAUGUGUACAUGGAAUAUCACUUAUGGAAAAUUAAAUCUGGAAACGGAAAUAUUACAUAUUGAAAACUGACAUAUAAUCAAUAUCAUACAAUUUUAAGCAAAGAAUCGGAAUUUAGUGUCAUCAUAACAGCAAUGAAUUUAUAGACGAUAAUAGAAUGUACAUCCAUUUUCUCGCAACCACUAAUAAUAAGCUCGAACCUUCAGCUCGUAUUGCAAAGCGAUGAUUGAAAGUUCUGGAGUCGUAACAUAGACGAUGCAACCAAGUGUUAUUAUCCAGCCUUAUUAUAGAAUACGCAAGCUUCAGUUAUAUUAUGUGGAAAAGAAAGCGAUAACUCGCCUCCGUCAAUGAAAUAUGAGAAGAAAAACUACGUUUAGGAAGUAGUGAAUGUUUAUAGUGUGUGGUUCCUUGUCGCUGCGUUGUAAGUGAUAGGGUCGAAAACUAAUAAAAUAUACAAUGUGAAUGACCUUUUUACUUCUCUGAAGAGUUGUGGUGUAGUGAUCAGUGUGUGGCCAGACUUGCUUGUUAGAGGUACCUGUUCUGUGAACCAGUAUGGCCAGUCUUGAUAUUUAGAAGAACCUGUUCUGUGAACCAGUAUGGCCAGUCUUGAUAUUUAGAAGAACCUGUUCUGUGAACCAGUAUGGCCAGUCUUGAUAUUUAGAAGCACCUAUUCUGUGAACUAGUGUGGCCAACCUUGCUUGUUAAAGGCACCUGCUCAGUGAACUAGUGUGGCCAGAUAAUAUUCGACUUUAGCGCAAGCCCCGAAUAUUUUUAUCAGGCAGAUCGAUGCGGAAUAUUUUUUGGAGAAAUUUAUUACCUUUGAAAAUAAACACCUCAUGAGGAAACUGCUAUUGUUAUAAUCACCAAAAAGCACUUAACCCGUAUGGGGAGCUCAGUGGUGCACAAAGCAAGGAAACAAAUUAGAGAUAAUGUUUGGAUAAAUACACACGUCGAGCAAACGUUACAGGUCUACAAAUAUCACUUGAAGUAAAUAAUUCAGAUAUGUGAUAUAUAGCUGAAGAAUGAACCAUAAAUAAUCGAUAUCCUUAUUCCAUCAGUGCAAAAUAUAUCAUGACAUCAACAAUGGCACAAAAACGCACCAAAUCACGCUAAAACGUUGAAUUAUUAAGAUCAAGAGAGUUUGCUUUCUUGUGCAAGUUACAUUGCUAGUAGGCGAGUAUUGUGUCCCACCGUCAAGCAAAGAUUCCCUGGACCAGCGGAAUACUUGUAACGUUCCUCCCUCCACAGCGACAGUCCUAGAAAGAGGACAGUUGUGUUAACCGAUGGACUGGCCUCAAGAACUUGGUUGGCAGCAGGUGGAGUGAGUGCCCAUCACAAUGGUUGUGUUUUACCUUCUCUUGUACACCUGGGUGCUGAGGAACACUCACGCUGCCACGCUCGAGUCCAUUAAUACUGGUCCCUUAUUCGUGGUUCACGUAUUGAAAGGAGGACGAGCAGAGAUGCCGUGUGACGUGGUCACAGCAGACUCCAGUGACAGGGUGGUGCUCGUGCUCUGGUACAAGGAUGGUGUCGGAGCUCCUGUCUAUAGCUACGACUCUCGCAAGCACAGUCUUCUGGAUGCAAGGAACUGGGCUGACGGAAAGACCUUAAGCGGCCGAGGACAUUUCGACCUGCAGUCCUCGCCGGCUUCUCUAAUUCUGGACAAUGUUCGGGCCACUGACGAAGGCCUCUAUCGAUGCCGCGUCGACUUCAAGAAGAGCCCCACGAGGAACGCUAGAACCCACCUCACAGUCAUCAUUCCUCCACUCGAUCCUCUCAUUCUAGAGAAACCGGGAGGAUCUCAGGUGUGGACUAUGGUGGGUCCUUACAACGAGGGAGAGUCUAUGUCACUCACUUGUGAAGUCAGUGGAGGUAAGCCACCUCCACGAGUGACGUGGUGGACAAAUGGAGAGAUGAUUGAUGACACUGAUGAGUCUCCGCGUGCACACACUGUCACCAACACACUCACGCUGGCCAGACUGACUCGUGCGCACCUUCAUACCAUCAUAGUGUGUAGAGCUUCCAAUAGCAACCACACCGCUCCUGUCCAGACCUCCGUCACUAUAGAGAUGAACUGUGAGUGCCAUUCAUUAUUAUUAAAAUUAAUUUCAGGCAUUAAUAUCAUGCUGAUUCGAGCCAGUUGUCGCCUUUCUGGAGUAAGACACACUAGAACUGUGUUAAUUUCGUGGAUAAUGUGACUAGUUGUAUAGUUAUGUGUAUCUUGGAGUUCCUCUGGGAACAAGAAAUUACAUGUAUUAGAUUU